AUGGUAAAGGAAGCUGUUUGUUUGUGUCGAUUUAAUUUUAUAGGGCUAUUGCAGAGCAUCUCUCGAGACCUUCCAUACCAUUUAUCUGCAGAUGAUAUUUAUCUUACAGUAGGUUGCACACAAGCUAUAGAAGUCGUCGUAUCAGUGCUUGCUCGUCCUGGUGCUAACAUUCUGCUUCCUAGACCAGGCUACCCAACUUAUGAAGCCUUUUCACGUUUCAGCAAGCUUGAAGUGCGCCAUUUUGAUCUUAUACCAGAAAAAGGUUGGGAGGUUGAUAUUGAAUCUGUUGAAGCAAUUGCAGAUGAGAAUACUGUUGCUAUGGUUAUCAUCAACCCUGGAAAUCCUUUUGGAAAUGUCUUCACAUACCAUCAUUUGAAAAAGAUUGCAGAGACUUCAAGAAAACUUGGGAUAUUAGUGAUUGCUGAUGAGGUUUAUAAUCACAUAGCGUUUGGAAGUAACCCAUUUGUGCCCAUGGGCAAAUUUGGAUCCAUUGUGCCUGUUCUUACUCUGGGAUCUUUAUCCAAAAGAUGGAUACUUCCUGGUUGGCGGAUUGGCUGGAUUGCAGCAUGUGAUCCUGAUGGUGUCUUUGAGGAAUGUGGGAUUAUCAAGAGCAUUAAGAGCUAUCUCAGCUUCUGCACUGCAACUACAACUUUCAUUCAGGCAGCAAUUCCAGAAAUCCUGGAGAGAACAAAAGAAGAAUUCUUCUUGAAAAUUAUUAAUAUCACAAGUGAAGCAGCAGAUAUAUGUUAUGAAAGGAUUAAGGAGAUCCCUUGUAUUUCUUGUCCACACAAACCAGAUGGAUCCAUGUUUAUUAUGGUAAAACUAAACCUCUCUUUGCUUCAAGACAUUAUUGAUGACAUGGAUUUCUGUCUCAAGCUAGCCAAAGAGGAAUCUGUUAUUGUCCUACCAGGAGUAGCAGUGGGACUCAAAAAUUGGCUGCGCAUAUCAUUUGCUAUGGAACCAGAACAACUUGAACAAGGGCUUGAGAGGAUAAAAACGUUCUGCCAGAGGAAUGCCAAGAAUAAUGCAUAG